AUGGCUGCCUCUUUGUUCACCUUCUCUUCUACUUCACGAAGGGUAAUCCCUGCCCCAAACUCUCCUCCUCUCCCAAUAUACAUUAAAGCCACCAAUGUUGUGUUCAACCCUGAUAUUCCCGAGGUUCAUCGAGGUCUUGGACUCGAUGAUUUUGCUAAUUUCUUAGCCUCUUGCCGCCUUCGAUACGCAAUCAGUGACGUUCCAUCAGAGUUCUUCCCUGAACAAGUUUACGAGUUUUACUACAUUGCAACCGUCAAUGAUGCUGAUGAUAAUGUUGAUAAUGAACCGAAUGACAGAGACACCGAACCUGUUGACAACACCACUGUUCAGCCUGAGUCACCAAAGCCAAUGCAUGAGUCUGACUCUGCGGGGCAUAAUAGUCCAGCAGCUACUGAAAAGCUGGUUGAAGAUAGUGAGCAUGAUGAAGAGCAUGAUGAACCAGAUGAUGAAUGUCAAAUACUGGAUAUGAACUUCAUUAAUCCUCUUAUUCCAGUUCAAGAAGAAAGUUUAGAUGACCUUGAAGAAUCUCAUCCGCUAUCAGUCGAUCUUGUUGCUGAUCCCAUUGUUCCAGUCCAAGGAGAAGAUUUAGACGUUGCCAGUGAAGAAUCUCAUCCGCUAUCUCGAAAGCGUAAGGCCUCUUCACCUAGGGAUAGAUAA